AUACUCUCCCAACGAGGCGCGGCCGCGCUGCCGGAUCCCAAGCUCGAGGAGUAUGAACGCAUUCAAAAGAACAUGCAAAAGGCGUACAAUGAAGCGACGAUUUGCGACAAAACGCAAGAAAAUUGCAAAUUACGCCUUGAACCAGACCUGAAGCAGCUGAUGGCGACCGAGAGGGACCCGAAGGAGCUGGCUCGUGCCUGGACCAGCUGGAGAGACAGCGCCGGCAAGCCGCUGCGGCAGGACUACCUCACGCUCGUCCAGCUGCACAACGAGGCGGCGAAGCUCAACGGGUUCGCCGACGGCACCGAACUGUGGCUGUCGGCGUACGGCACGCCCGACUUCCAGUCCCAGAUCGCUCGGCUCUGGGAUCAGCUGACGCCGCUGUACGAGCAGCUGCACGCGUUCGUGCGCGGCCGGCUGCGUCAGGAGUACGGCGAGGACGUGGUCAGCCAGGACGGCCCCAUCCCGGCGCAUCUGCUCGGCGACAUGUGGUCCGAGAAUUGGAGGCAUUUGCUGGACAUCUGCAAGCCGUACCCGAAGAAGACAGACGCCGAUGUCACGCCACAGAUGGAGGCACAGGGCUACACGGCCAUGAAGAUGUUCCAAACGGCCGAGACGUUCGUCACCUCCAUGGGCCUGCAGUCGGUGCCGCCGGAGGUUCUGGAACCGCUCGGCCCUGGAGCGGUCAGGCGACGGACGACAGGAGGACUGCCAGCCCUCCAGCUGGGACUUCUGCGACGGGCAGGAUCUCAGGUCAAGCUGACAUGCAGCCCUGCAUUCCUUUAA